CCGUUCGCUAUGAUAAUGGCCCUUUACCCUCCUAGUGUGUCAGUGCUGACGAGUCCUCGUCAACAGAUAUGAACGGACCAGCCUGACGCAACGGAUGGGAUUCGAAACGCGACACGUGUGGUACCAGACGGAUUGGGAGGCGGUGUCCAAGAACCCCGAAGUGUUGAAAUUUCCUCAGCCGGCCUGGCUGAAUGGUAUAGAUGCGGGCGACUAUGCGACCCGGAGGUGCGAAGAGGUCGUUGCACACCUAGAGGGUGGUGCUCCGUUCGCCUCGACCAACAUCCCAGAUGGCUUCGUACAUGAAGACUGGACGAUUGAGGAAAUGCUUGCCCAUGAAGGCAAAAAGGGCGAUUUCUACAAGACCAGGUAGCCGCCGUAUGGAUGACUGGGAAGAAUCUAUUAACCCCCACAUCAGUAUCGAUGAUUCUGGUCCGGAGCCUCGGAACGGCUCAGGCCGCACCUCCAUUUUUACCUCGUGUAGACAAAGAUCAUAAUGAAGUCGCUCCUGUACAGAGUCCAAGCUCAUCGACUGCUUCCUCUCCUGAAAUCUCAUACAACAUGUCCACCCAAGAUGAUAAAACCUCUUCUGGGCCAGUUACGAUCCUUGCUCUCGUGACUCGAAAACAAAGCCUCACCACUCAAGAAAUUCACAAGUACUGGAUCGACAAGCAUGGCCCUCUCGUGGGACCUUUUCUCUCCAAGAUGGGAGCCCUCACCUAUCGCCAGUUUCACGUAGACCCUGCGACCACUUCGGUUCCCUACGACGGAAUUGUGCAACUAGAGCUUCCAUCGAUGGAAACAUGGGCCAAGCUCUCAAGCGACCCGUUUUACGAAGAGGUCGUCAUGCCGGAUGAAACAAAAUUCUUCGAAACGGAUAAGGUCGUCCUGGUCACGGGCCGGAAUUAUUCGGUGGUGGAGAAUGGACAAUUUGUACUUGAAAGCAAGUAAUUGAGACCAUCUGUAAUCUGGCCCACUAGGAGUCAACUCCCCGACAGAUCGGGAGAUAGACCUAGUCUGAGUAUCACAUGGCGGAGCGACCCCGAGUAUCAUGACCCCGGACGGAUGGGUUAGCCGCAAUGUAACUAGCGGGGAACAAUAAGAAGG